GCGUCGGGCCUCAGUAGCGUGACGAGCGUCUGCCCUGUGUACGUGCUCCGCUUCUUCGCGCUCCUCUCGCGUGUGCGCCGUCGCUCCUGAUUGUCCUUUACGUGCGUCCAUUCUCCUUCACCUUGGCCCCUUGGCUGGCGUCUCCAGUUCUCGCGGCAACGUCGAGACGAGGACCAGCGGCCGAAUCGGAUCCGAGACGGGACGAGACGCGCGCGCGUGGUGCCAUCGAUACGCUCGGUGAACGAGCGACAGGAGCCAACGUUCGAAGGGAAGCAGGACGAGACUCAGCGAAAGAGUGAGAAGGAGACGCGACGAAGAGAGACGUGUCGAGAAGCUGCUUCUAAUAACAUUUUGGUAGCUCGAGUGAAGAUAACCGAGUUCCGAGUCCGGCCACGCCAGUACGAUGCAGAGUAACGGUUCGGAGAAUGUAGGAUCUGAGAACGGAGUCGAUAAAUCAGGAUGGACGGUUGGUUUGAUCAAUGGGAAAUUCAAAUAUCUGACGGCGGAGACAUUUGGUUUUAAAAUCAACGCCAAUGGGUCGAGUUUGAAGAAGAAGCAAUUGUGGACUCUGGAGGGCAGUGAACAGCAGGUUUUCCUUCGCUCCCACUUGGAUCGAUAUCUAGCGGUCGACCAGUUUGGUAACGUGACGUGCGAAAGCGAAGACUCGUCGGAUCCGGGAUGCGCUUUUCAAAUACAGCUCGCUUCUGAUGGUAGCGGACGAUGGGCGCUGAAGAACAUCCAGAGAGGCUACUUCUUAGGCUCGAGUCAGGAUGAAUUGAAGUGUACCGCUAAGGCCCCAGGCGAGGCGGAGUACUGGCUCGUACAUCUUGCCGCAAGACCGCAGGUGAAUCUUCGAUCAGCCGGGAGAAAACGUUUUGCACAUCUGAGCGCUACUCAGGAUGAGAUUCAUGUGGACGCGCCCGUGCCCUGGGGUGAGGACACUCUAUUCACCUUGGAAUUUCGCCCUGCAACCAUGAGCGACGACGACAGUCAUGGAGAUCGUACUAAGUCCGAAGGCGGCCAUUACGCGCUCCAUACUUGCAACAAUAAAUACCUCGCACGUGAUGGUAAGCUGCUGGACGCUUGCACGCGAGAUUGCCUGUAUGCCGCAGAAUUCCACGCUGGUCUCCUUGCUCUUCGAGAUAUACAUGGCGCAUACUUGGCACCGAUCGGAAGUAAGGCCGUUCUGAAAUCAAGAUCGACGACCGUUACACGUGACGAGCUCUUCUCCUUGGAAGAAUCUCUGCCGCAGGCAUCGUUCGUCGCGGCGUUGAAUCAGCGAUACGUUUCCGUGAAGCAAGGUGUCGACGUAACGGCCAAUCAGGACGAAAUUUCCGGUCAUGAGACAUUCCAGUUAGAGUUCGAUCGGGUGACAAAACGAUGGUACGUGCGAACGAUGCAGGACCGUUAUUGGAGCCUGGAGGCUGGCGGCGGUAUCCAGGCGUCCGAUCACAAGCGCUCGUCGAAUGCGCUCUUCGACCUGGCAUGGCAGUCGAGUGACGGCACGGUCGCGUUGCGCGCCAACAAUGGCAAGUUUCUGGCUACCAAGCGGUCGGGACACCUUUACGCGAACGCCGAUUCAUUGAACGGCAAUGAUUCCGACGCCGCCAAGUACUACUUCUACCUGAUGAACCGACCUGUGCUGGUACUGAGAUGCGAACAGGGUUUUGUCGGGCCCAAGAGCGCAGCCAGUCCCAAGCUUGAGUGCAAUAAGGCUGUUUACGAAACGAUACGCGUCGAACGGUGUGAGCGUGGCGUAGUCAGAUUCAAAGGACAAAACGGCAAGUACUGGCACGCGGACAGCGAGGGAGUGACCGUGGACUCGGACGUGCCGUCCGACGGAUUUUACCUGGAGCUGCGCGAGCCGUCACGGAUCUGCAUCAAAUGCGUGGACGGCCGGUACCUCACCGCGGGCAAGAACGGCGCGCUGCGUUUGGGGGAGACGGACUACGAUUCCGCUACAAAGUGGGAGUUCUAAUGCAGGGGACAACGCGAAUACAACGAGCGCAAGAUUAGUACUCCACUGCCUCCUUAGCUUUGGUCGUAACUCGCAGUACUCGUAUUCCCCGAAUAACAAGGGCAGGAGAUCGCUGUUCGCGCUAGGUUCCUGUCGCGUACUUAAUCGAGCAUACCGCGUCGGCGUCCGCGUCCGCGUCGAGUUAAGGGUUUAUAUUACGUAGACGUUUACGGCUAAUGCAUUUCUUUUCCUAGAUCUUGGUAAAACGCUUCGUGAAUCCUCAGUGUAUCCAAAACUGACGAUUAACCGAUUUGUAUCCACGAGUAAUGCAACAGUCCUAAGGAACGGCUUAUAACCGUCUACAUUCUAUUUUAUAAGUGACACACUUUUCUACCCGUAUAUCCGUUUUAUAUCCGUAAGCACGGCUUGUCACGCUGCGAACUCGAUUUUAUCCCUUUCGCAUGUAUCAUUCGUUCAUUUGUAAUUAAUGAGUCAACUGCGAUCGUUUUUUUGUUUUUUACGUAAUAAUGGAUAUCUGCUUAAAUUAUUAGAAUUAUAUAUUUUUAUGCUAACUUGAUCUAUGAAAAAAGAUUUGUUUAACGCAAGUUGUCAAUGAGGUAUCGCGUAUUAUCGGAGAAGAAACAGAUCUUUCUUUCCGUUCGCAGUGUGGCAACGGUUACCGUCACUGGACACAUUUUAUUCAUCAGACAUGAUUUAUAUAUACAUAUAUGAAGGGAUAAAAGUUACACUUGAAAAGGCACGAUCGAGGAGAAAAGCUAAAUCCAUAUCCCAUCACUGCCUCGAUUAGGCGAAUGUCGAUUAUUUUUAUCGGUUCCAUUGUUGAAACACCGUUUACCCGUUACGAUCAUAAGUUAGGAAAUGCGCAUUUUGACGAAACGUACACACGAGAAUUUCGCUGUAAUACUCACACAUGCUUCACACAUAUUAGCCUGCCGCGUAUAUAGAUGAAAUAUGCCGAUCUAAGGCUUGGUGAUGGAAAGAUUCGUAACAGCACACGGAUUCGGCGUUUCUAUUUGCUUCUUUCACGUUCGUUCGAGAACGAGAUACUUCGACGGGUAUUACGCGUCUUUAGCGAUAGGAUAGAUUCGCGAUCUGUAUUACUUUCAUAAGUCUCUGUAUUCUUUUCGUAAGUCGUAGGCAGAUCGAUAGAAGAAACAUUUACGUUCUGUCUUGCGAGACAUUGCGAAUUUCUUGGUGUAUCAUGUAGAAUCGAAGUACGAAAGUAGGUCCUUCAGACGGAUUAUUUUUCGAGAGAGACAUUGAAGUAAGUCACAAUCUCGUGUAAAUAUAUGUUUGCCUCUUUAACAUCGUGCAACAUGAUAUUAUGUACGUCUCGCGCUGCUUAAUUUCAUACGUCACGAGAGCGAGACACGUAUAAUAUGACGUGAAGCGUGCGAAAAUCAUUCGUUUUAGCGAUUUACAAUACUUCGUAUAGUUGUUUAGACAAGAUACGGGGUAGAUGUACGUCUCGGUCCAUCGAUGACGAUAAUACGCAUCGCUCGUUUUAUAUACUUAUGUAAGCGGCAAUCUCUUUUUACUACUUUUUCACGUUAAACGCAUUUUAAGAAUAAUGGAUGUAAUAAAUUAAAGAAUGUAAUAAGAAAAUUUUUUAUUGAUCA